GGGGCCGCUGCGUCCUGCUGGGCUACGUGGCGGCUCCUCCGCAGCCAGAGCCAGCCGGAGCCGGGGCCCGGGCGGGCCCCAGCACAGGCCUCAAGGCUUUAAAAGUACCGGAUUGUUGGAAAGCAGAGGAAGAAUGGCUCUAAAAACAUGAGUUGCUGUUGGACAGAUGGCUGGAGAAUGAACAAGACAGUAAGAUGGAUAACCAAUAGAAGAGGCUCUGCUGGAAAGAUAUGGGUUUCCUGAGGCUGGAACAGAGACCAGAUGUUACACAAAUCAUGCACUGUCUUAUGACCAGGCAAAACGGGUGCCUAGAUGGGUGAUUGAACACAUUUCAAAACAAAAGAUGCUGGGUGAUGCAGAUCGAAGGCACUGUAAGUUCAGACCAGACCCUAACAUCCCUCUGAUGUUCAGUGCUGUCAAUGAAGACUACCUUGGCAGUGGAUGGUCACGAGGACACAUGGCACCAGCAGGAGAUAACAAAUUUUCAACAUUUGUUUUGAGGUGGAGCAUGAUGUCAUUAUUGAUGCAAAGAGCUGGAUAUGGAGUUACAAGUGAUUUAUCACCAGGUCCUUCACCUCUGGAGAGAGCUAUGGCUGAAACAUUUUAUCUGUCCAACAUUGUGCCUCAGAAUUAUGAAAAUAAUGCUGGGUUUUGGAACAGAAUGGAAAUGUACUGUCGGGAAUUGACUGAGAGAUUUGAAGAUGUUUGGGUUGUUUCUGGACCUCUUACCUUGCCUCAAACAGAUGGUGAUGGAAAGAAGAGUGUUACUUAUCAGGUAAUUGGAAAGGAUGAUGUGGCUGUACCAUCCCACCUGUACAAGGUGAUCCUCGCCAGGCGGAGCAGAACGUCCUCAGAGCCCCUGGUGCUGGGGGCGUUUGUGGUGCCAAACAAUCCCAUAGGCUUCAGCCACCAGCUCACUGACUUCCAAGUCAGCGUUGAAGACCUGGAAAGAAUGUCAGGUUUAGUCUUCUUCCCCCAGGUGGACAAGACCAAAGAUGUUAAAAAUAUCUGUGAGGUGGAUACCUGCAAGCUGAUGGGCUUCAAGGAAUUCACUCUGUACAUCACUGCCCGCAAAGUGCAGAGUGCCCGGACACUGCGCCGGCUGGAGAAAGCCAUGGCGGAGUUACAGGAGGCAGGGAUUGAGCCUGAUGAGUAUCUCCUAAAGCUUUACAAGAAGAAGGAGGAAGAACUGCUGCAGGAAAAAGCAGUAGCAGCUAGAGAGGGGAGAGCUGGCUGAGUAUUCAGGAAGUUGUUUGGGUUUUUGGAAAGGGGAACUGAAGUCAGACACGAAGACGAGGGCUCCUUGAAUCAUCCUUGAAUCAGUUGUGAAAACAAUAAAGAAAUAUUUGGAAGCUGA